CCCUCUCCCUCUCUCCCCUCUCCCUUUCUCCCCUCUCCCUUCUCCCCUCUCCCCUCUCCCCCUCUCCCUCCCCUCUCUCCUCCCCUCUCCCCUCCCCUCUCCCCUCCCCUCUCCCCUCUCCCC